GAGGCGGUCGUGCGGGCUGCCAUGAAACGGCCCCUUAGAGCCCUGCGCUGCGGAGGGAGCUGGCACCCCCCUGUCUUUCACAGGGGAGAUGGACAAGAAAGCGCAUUUCGUGCAAAGAGACUUUCCUCCCAGGGAGGCGCCUUCGCUGCUGCCGGUGCUGCUGCUGGUGGCGGCGCUGCUCCUGAAUGCCCUGCUCUACCUGUACCUCGGCAACCCGCACGGCUCUUCGGGCCGUGCCGACGCCGAGCCCAGCCUCUGCCCUUACGGGUCUUUCAGACUCGGGCCGGUGAAAAACUGCUCCCCCUGGCUCUCCUGUGAAGCCAUCGAUAGGGAAGUCAGAAAACUCAAAUGUGUUGGCGAAGGAGCCGUGAAAAAGGUCUUUCUUUCUGAGUGGAAGGAAAACAAAGUGGUCAUUUCACAGCUCACCAAACCGGAGCUGAAGGAGGACUUUCUCCACGGACUGAAGAUGCUGAAGGCACUACAGAGCAAGCACGUUGUCCGACUGCUGGGCUACUGUGAGAAGCAGUUCACAAUCCUCACCGAGUACCACCCUCUGGGCUCCCUGAGGGGUUUGAACGAAACUCUGCACAUCCCCAAGUACAAGAGCAUGAACACUUGGCAUCGAAGGCUGAUGCUCGCUAUAGACUAUGUGAGCAUAAUUCGCUACCUGCACAGCAGCCCUCUGGGCACCUUAGUGAUGUGCGAUUCGAACGACCUGGACAAGGUGCUCUCGCAGUAUCUUUUAACGAGUGACUUUCACAUCCUGGUGAAUGAUUUGGACGCUUUGCCUCUCGUGAACAGGAGCGCCGGCAGGCUGGUGAAGUGUGGUCAUCGGGAGCUCUGGGGAGAUUUUGUAGCUCCUGAGCAGCGUUGGCCCUAUGGAGAGGAUGUGCCAUUUGAUGAUGACCUUAUGCCCCCAUACGAUGAAAAAACAGACAUCUGGAAAAUCCCGGAUGUCUCCAAUUUUUUCUUGGGCCACGUUGAAGGCAGUGACAUUGUGCGACUGCACUUGUUUGACAUCCAUGCGGCAUGUAAGAAGAAGGACCCAGCAGAAAGGCCUUCUGCCCAGGAGAUCUUAGACACCUACAAGAAAGUUUUAACUCUGUUGAUUCGGGAGGCAGCCAUGCCUGGUACUAGGGAAAUGUUAUAGCAAAUCAUGAGACAAACGGUGGACUGAAGUUGAUGUUCUUAUUUAUUUACCUUGCCUGAAGGGCAAAAUCCCUGUCCCCUCAACUGAGAAGAUAAAAAUAAGUGACUUUGUAUUUUACCUUUUGAUUAAAAAUUACCUACCCAAUGCUGAA